UCUAUACUGCCAUAAAUAGAUUCUCAACUCUAACGGCUUUUGCCUAGUUCUCUGCAAACCUCCAUAUCUUUUUUUGAAGGCAUAAAAUCCAUAUCUUGGAGUUAUUUUCUCAACUACUUAUUUAAAUUUUAAACUCCAUAUCUUUUUGUUGAAGAGAUUAACAGGAAAGUCGCCUAUAUAUAUAAUAUGGUUGGGAAUUAAUUGAAGCUCUUUAGACAUGGGAAAAUUAAAAUUUGGAGUGGCACCAGUCGUAUAUCCUUCUAUAUUUCUGAUUCUCUUAAUUUCAUUCCUCAAUUUUCACUUUCACUUCCUCUCUUUCUUUCCCACUAAUCUUGUUCAUCACAAACAGAUAAGUAUCGAAGAAGAAUUAAGCAGAGCUCGAGCAGCCAUUCUUGAAGCUGGAAGAAGCCACAGUUACAUCUUCAAUAAUAAUCAUAAGUAUUUCAUUCCAAGAGGCUCCAUAUACAGAAACCCGCAUGCUUUCCACCAGAGCUAUGUAGAGAUGGAGAAGAGAUUCAAAGUAUGGGUUUACAGAGAAGGCGAGCCCCCUCUAUUCCACCUGGCCCCCUUCAAAAACAUCUACUCCACCGAAGGCCACGUCAUCGACGAGCUCCACCAUAGCACCAUGGCAGCGCCCCACCCGGACGACGCCCACGCCUUCCUCCUCCCGGUCUCCGUCACCAACAUCGUCCACUACCUCUAUCACCCCCACGGCGACUUCCACCCAACCCGCAUCGGGAACAUCUUGCAGGACUACGUCACCAUCUUGGCCAAUAAGUAUCCUUAUUGGAACCGGAGCUCGGGCGCCGACCAUUUCUUCGUUUCAUGCCAUGAUUGGGGGCCUUAUGCCACUGCUCAGAAUGCCAAGCUCUUCAAGAACCUCAUUCGUGUUCUCUGCAAUGCCAACGUCUCCGAAGGGUUCAAGCCAGUGCGAGAUGUUACCUUGCCAGAGAUAAACGUCCCAUCGUCAGCCCUGAACCAGCCGGACCUGAACCACUCCAAGUCCAUACUCGGCUUUUUUGCAGGCGGGGCCCACGGUGCCAUAAGGGAAGCCCUCCUCUCCCACUGGAAAGACAAAGACAAGGACCUCCAAGUCCACGAGUAUCUCCCCAAAAACAUCAGCUACUUGGACCUCAUGUCGCGGGCCAAGUACUGCCUCUGCCCCAGUGGCUACGAGGUAGCCAGCCCGAGGUUGGUUGAGUCCAUGCACGUUGGGUGUGUGCCGGUCAUCAUCUCGGAGGGCUACCCCCCACCCUUCAGCGACGUUCUUGAUUGGAGCACCUUCUCUAUCCACAUUCCGGCCAGGAGGAUACCAGAGAUCAAAAAUAUAUUAGAGGGGAUAGCAGCAGAGGAGUACGAGGAGAAGCACAAACGGGUGUUGGAGGUCCGUAGGCAUUUUGUUAUUAAUCGGCCGGCAAGGCACUACGAUGUCUUGAAUAUGGUCUUUCAUUCUGUUUGGCUAAGGAGGCUUAAUGUUAGGCUACAUCUUUAGUCUCUCUUUUCCACUUUUUUUUCACAUUCACAUACUCUGUGCUUAAAUCACCGGCGUCCCCUAAAAAUGGAAGCGAUUGCAGGCUGGUUAGGAAGGUGAAGAAUCCUGUGUUGGAUUCAAAUUAAUGAUUCACAUAAUUCAUACAUGUCGAAUACGAUUGAUAAACAUAAACUGGAAGCGUACAUGGAUUCGGAUUCAUGAUGAUGUUCUUGAUAAUUCGUGAAGUUGGUCUUCCAAGUGUCAUUCCAAGUGUCAACGCUUUUUACAGAGAAUAUAUUUUUUGUAUUCUGUAACAUUAAUAGGAAUGGGAAUCUAUCGAUGUAUUUAUAGGUUGUACUUGGGGACCAUAACCCCGUAUUUAGAGAACGAGUCCCUAA